AAAACAGUCACUUUUCUCAGUAUAUAGUAGACAGUCAUGACGUUCAUUUCGCUGACUUUUGUGGCACUCUUGGCCUUUGGCUCUUUGGUUAUAACCCAGGCAGAGGAAGAAUGUGGAGCCUAUAAUUCCGAUCUAUGGAAAGAGGGUAUGGAAGCCAGUGAAGGCACUUGCAGUCGUCGUCCCACUCAGAAUGUUGUAGAGGACAGCCAGGAGGAAGGCGAAGAGAAUACGAAAGUGGCAGGCUCUUCUUUCUUUGACAUCAUUCAGACUGUAAUCAACUUUGUUUGGAUGAUUUUUAAGUGGUAUACGAAUAUGAACGGUUAAUAAAGAAGAUAAGGCAUAUCAGAGACAAAUCAAA